AUGAUUUUGGCGUUAGGGUUAUUUAUGAUUCUUCGAUGGAUGGGUUUCGCCCUCUCUCUACCAACUGCGCUUAACAGCACCUCUUCCUCACGUCCUCAAAUCAUUGGCCCCGAUCGGGCUGGCAAGUAUUGGAUCUACGGACAGGAUAUCUCGGCCGCUUUCAUCCCUUACGGUGCUUCCAUCACGAAUCUCAUCAUCAAGGAUCGUGACGGAAUCGAACGGGAUCUUGUUAUGGGUUUUGAUAAUGCGACCCAAUACGAGAUCGAUCCAGUUCAUCCUCAUCUUGGCGGAGUCCCUGGUCGCUACGCAAACCGCAUCAAGAACAGCACUUUCGAGAUCGAUGGUGUUGUGUAUCACGUUACUCCCAAUGAGCAUAAGACUCCAGAGCAUCCCGAGGGCCUGAACACCCUCCAUGGCGGCCCGGAUGGCUGGGACUAUCGCAAGUUCGAAGUGGUUUACCACACCAAUACGUCGAUCGGCUUCAAGAUCGUCGAUCCCGAUGGCAAAGAAGGCUUUCCUGGUGAAGUCAUCUCGUACAUCACCUACUCACUGGGUGACAUGACCUGGGAUGCGAAGAUGGUCGCUUCGGCUACUACCAAGAAAACUCCUAUUAUGCUUACCAGUCACACAUACUGGAAUCUUGACGGCUUUUCGAACCCCACCAACAACACGAUUCUCAACCAUACGCUAUAUCUGCCGUACAGCAGUCAUCGCAUCGAGGUUGACAACAUCCUAAUCCCAACUGGCGAGAUUUUGCCAAAUACAAAGGGUUCCGUCAAUGACUUCUGGAGCCAGCCCAAGAAGAUUGGUGAUGGCUUCAACGAUCCCGAGAUUCAUGGUAACUGUGGGUGGAAGUGCAUUGGCUACGGUAAUGCUCUAUUUCUCCUAUCUUCUGCUUUACCUGUCGAUUAUAUUGCUGACCGUACAACAGAUAACUGCUUCCUUAUUAACCGCCAGUAUACUGAUGACUGGCAGGCUGUUCACAAUUUCGUAGCCAGCCUGUAUUCGGCCGACUCAGGUAUUCGCCUGGACAUCUAUUCGGACCAGGCUGCUUUUCAGAUGUAUUCUUGCGGGGGGCAAGAUGGCACAUUCCCGCUCAAGAAGACUCAAGGGUAUCAGUCUCGUUUCCCAGUUGGCGACAAGUAUCAUGACACGGGCAGCUUCGGUCGCUUUGUACCAAAAUAUGGCUGCGUAGUUCUUGAGGUCCAGGACUGGAUCGACGGCAUCAACCAUCCGGAGUGGGGUCGGACCAACAAGCAGAUCUUUGACCCUGAUACUGGUCCGUAUGUGCUGAAUGUUCGUCACAAGUUCAGCGUUGACAAGGGCGGCCCUCUCAAGCUCCCUCCGGGUCGUCUAAGCUAG